CUUUUAUAUUUAUAUUUAUAAUUGUAUUUUUUUCAGAAAAUAUGAUUUAAUUUUUCCCUGAAAGUGCGGAGAUUUCCUAAAACCGUCAGUGUAUGGAGGAUUCUAUGCAGCCUGUACUCAACCAGCCCCAAUCCGCAGCCAACAUGCAGAAGGAGGAUUCCAGAUCCCAGUAUACUAUUCCUGGUAUACUACACUUCGUUCAGCAUGAGUGGUCCAGGUUUGAAAUGGAGAGAUCCCAAUGGGAAGUGGAGAAAGCUGAACUCCAAGCUAGGAUUGCUUUUCUCCAGGGUGAACGGAAGGGACAGGAGAAUUUGAAGAACGAUCUGGUGCGUAGGAUCAAGAUGCUGGAAUAUGCGCUCAAGCAAGAGCGCGCUAAAUACUCGAAACUGAAAUAUGGCGGAGACGGCGGAGAUAUUGGACCUCCGCCCCAGGACGAGGACGGAGUUGAGCUUCCGCCGUUGGAUCAGAGCGAAAAUAUUAUUGCUGUGACCAACUCAAACUGGAAACAGGGUCGUGCACUGUUACGGCAGUAUCUCCAGGAGAUAGGAUAUACGGAUACUAUCAUUGAUGUCAGGAGCAAUAGAGUUAGAUCCAUCCUUGGUCUCCAGGAUGAGGGAGAAACAAAUCAAAAUCUUGGAGGAGUUGAAACCACUCGGAGGGUUCCGGAUAAUAGGAGGAGGUGGGAAGGUAAGCAGGGAAAUGUUGGUGAGGAUAUAUUGGCGAGUGCCGAAGAAUCUGCUAUGGCGAACUUUGAUUUCCUUUCCAGGGAGGAGGAUCUAGAGGACGAGGACGAGGUGAUGGCUGAGGAUGGAGACGAUGGGUUUAGUCCUGAAUCUAUCAAGCUCGGUAAGAAGGAGGACAUUGACAAGCUGAACAUAGGCCUUGACAACACGGAAGAGGUCCUCAACGAAUUCAAGUUCCUCACUCAGUCCGAGGUGGACGCGGUGGAUAAAGGCGGGGAGUGGAAUGAGAGGUCCGGGAGCGGGGAGUGGGGUGUGGGUGGAGCUGGAGCUCCUGAGCAGGGUAACCUAGAGCUAGGGGAGCUAGAGCAGCUCACCAUUAACAAUGAGAACGAUCUUAACUAUGAUCAGCUCACAGCGCCUAAGGAAGCAUUCCGUAAGACUUGGUCUGCGAAAUACACUCUUCGCUCGCACUUCGAUGGUGUCCGAUCCCUGGGUUUCCACCCGACCGAACCGGUUCUAAUUACGGCAAGCGAGGAUCAGACGCUGAAGAUGUGGAAUUUACAGAAGGCGACCACUUGCAAGAAAUCCACGGCGCUUGAUGUAGAACCGGUUUAUACAUUCAGGGGGCACACUGGACCAGUUCUCUGUCUAGAGGUAUCUGGUGCGGGAGACUAUUGUUUCUCAGGCGGAGUUGACGGAAUCGUCCGCUGCUGGAACAUUCCUCCCUCGUCCAUCGAUCCUUACGAUACUUUCGAUUCCAACGCCAUCUUCUCCGAAUUCGAAGGGCACACUGACGCUGUCUGGGAUUUAUCUUACAAUUCCUCCCGGCAACAGCUCUUAUCCAGCUCAGCCGAUUCCUCUGUCAGAGUAUGGAGUGUGAAGGAUAAAAAGUAUUUGCUGACACUGUGUGGGGAGGAGGGGGCGUGUCCCACCAGCGUGUGCUGGGUGGUAGGGGAGGCGGGGCACUGUAUAGUUGGAUACAGCUCUGCUGCCUGCUGUAUCAUGGAUACAGAAACAGGGCAGGUUGUCACAAGGUUGGAUACAGCUCAGGAUCCUGUGUCUGGACAGGCUGUCGGGCCUAUAAAUAAAGUGUUAUCCCACCCUACCCUUCCUCUCACCAUCACAGCCCACGAGGACCGCCACAUCAGGUUCUACGAUAACACCAGCGGGGCCAUGGUCCACAGUAUGGUGGCCCACCUGGACGCAGUUACCAGCCUAGCUGUAGACCAGCAUGGUUUAUAUCUUAUCUCUGGCAGCCAUGACUGCAGUAUAAGGGUUUGGAACCUUGAGAGUAAAACAUGUGUACAAGAGAUGACCGCUCAUAGGAAGAAGUUUGAUGAGAGUAUCCUUGAUGUUGCAUUCCACCCUUCCAGACCAUAUAUAGCUUCUGCAGGAGCUGAUGCGAUGGCGAAAGUGUACAUCUAAAUAUGUCAAAUACCAGCAAAUGAUGAUAUCCUAAUCCCCUCCCCCCUGUUCCUAUUCUCGUACCCCUCCUCUACUUCCUGUCCAGAAAUGUAUCCUGUGUGUGUUCCCCCCCUUCCGCAUUCAAAGAUCUCUUUGUGUGUUCCCCUCAUCUAUGUUAGCUCCUACUGCCCCCCCCCCUACAAUCCUACUAGAUAUAAGCCUUGAACCAGCAAAGUAGUAAACCAAUAAGUGUAAAUGCAAGCCUCUGAACAAAAAACAGUUUUGAAUUA